GACCAGUGGUUUGCUUGGUUUUUCUUCACAGCAACACUGAUAAGCCUUUUUGGUGUUGGCAGUUCAGUUUAAGUCGCUCAGUAAGGCGUGUGUGUGCUCCUCGGUUGUUUUGCGUGUAAAGCGUGUAUCCCUUUUGUCUCCAGGAGGCGGCGCUGUGAAGCUACCCGUGAUGCCCCGUUUCUUUUCAAGAUGACCGAUCCCUGCGUGUCGAGCGAAGACAGCUGGAGCAGAGCUGACCAGAGCUACAGUGACAAUGGAUUUGACCCAAACUGUGCAAGGAAAGGGAGUCUAGGGUCCAGAGCUAACAGUGUUGGAUCUACAAGUGCAUCCUCUGUACCCAACACAGCUGAGUGCAUGACAGACAAUGAUUGUUCUUCAACUGCAGAUGAUGAAGACAGCGAUUACCGGCACGAAACAUCCUACAAGGAGUCCUACAAAGACCGACGGAGGCAGGCACACACUCAAGCGGAGCAGAAAAGACGAGAUGCCAUCAAGAAAGGCUAUGAUGAUCUACAGGCAAUCGUUCCAACGUGCCAGCAACAAGACCACUGUAUCGGAUCGCAGAAAAUGAGCAAAUCCACGGUCUUGCAGAAAACUAUUGACUACAUCCAGUUUUUACACAAAGAGAAGAAAAAGCAGGAAGAGGAUGUCUCCACUCUUCGGAAGGAAGUCAUGGCACUGAAGAUUAUGAAAGCUAAUUACGAGCAGAUUGUGAAAGCCCACCAGAAUAAUCCCCACCAGGGGAAGGGUCAGGUGUCGGACCAGGUGAAGUUCAGCCUCUUCCAGAACAUCAUGGACUCUCUGUUCCAGUCCUUCAAUUCCGCUAUCUCUGUGACGAGCUUCCAGGAGCUCUCUGCCUGUGUCUUCAGCUGGAUUGAGGAACACUGCAAACCGCAGACCCUGCGUGAGAUUGUGGUCGGAGUGCUGCGACAGGUAAAUAACCAGUUGUACUGAAACAGUGCCGUCCAAGCGGAAGAAGCCGCCGAAGUCGUGGGAUGCCUCGAUGCCUGGCCGGUCAAGAAGAAACGUUCCAGUUCCACAGAGGAACUGGGUGUAAUCCAUUUUUAUUUUUUUGCUCUCCAAAUAUACAGAGGUGCUUUUAAAAACCAAAAUCUUGCAAAGGCUACUUUUUUUAGUGUUCUGUUAUUUCCCAUUUUUGAAGUAAACUUGUGUUCCAGUUUCUGAAAAGUUUUGUCGGUUGCUUUUUACCCAGGUUUUGUAGUAUCAGGAGUUACAACGGGCAGAAUUUAAUUUAACGCUUGUGUGCUUUUAAUUGAUUUACUCUUUCAGAAUUGUGUUUUGACUCGAUGUUUUACAGAUUUAAAGUAUAGCCCUUUUUUGUUUUAUUACUUUUGAAAAUCAAAGGGUUUUAUUCACACGAGUAACAAGUUCGCUUCGUUGCAAUUGAAACUCAUUGGUACUGACCACAGGAUCAUCCAGUCAGUACGCUGUUUUUAGUUCGUAAAAGAUAGCCGGGUUGUUUCUUGAUCUCUCAAUGCAAAAUUCAUAUUCAGAAAGUGUUUUUACCUGUGGAGUCCUACCCAUGUUGAAAAUGCAGUACAGUUGGAAGCUGACAUUUUGUCUGAAUUAGCAGGGAUGUUUAUUAUAUGACUAAAAUAACGUUUUUUUUUUUUGUUUGUUUUUUUUUUUUUUUGCCGGAGUCAUGCCAUAAAGUCACUUCUACAAGUGAUAUAAAAACAGCGCAAGUAUUCUUAAUGUCUUUGGUAACGUAACUCCAGUACACUCUCAGGAAAAAAGGGAUGCUGUUUUUACUGAAGUACAAAGACCUCAAGUUUCAUUACACUUCAUUUCUGCAAGAAUUAUAUCCUAAACAAAGGGAACAACUUAAAAAAAUAAAUAAAUAAAUAGAAAGAUAACAUCUGUCUCAAGUGAUCUACCUUUGUUUGUUUUUUCAUCCUACUGUAGGCUUUUCCAAAUUGUGAAAUCCUACAUUUUAGGGUAUAGCUUUUGCUUUUUUUUACGAUGGUGAAAUUUGUCAUUUUAAACUGUGAAGCAUAAUUGUAAGAGUGAUCUGUGCGAUAUUUGGUGCAGUUCUUUUAGUUUUAUGUUUGGCAGCAGAAAGAAUUGUUAACAUUUCGAAUUGCCUUAUGCGCUUAACUAACAUUUAGUAAGAUAACAGGAAGCUAGUUUUGCUUGAGAGUCUGGUCGUUCUCGUAACAUUUUACAUCUUGGUCAUUUGUGUCUGAAACGCCUGCUAUUUGAAUGAUAUUUUGCUGUGGUAGGGAAAAAUAAUGCAAUUUGUUUUCAUAGACCUCAGUGUUUUAAUUUCAAGUAAAAAAAAAAAAAGUGAAAUAUUUUUGUAUGAAUCAAUUUGCAAUACAUUAAAUGCAAGUCCCAGA